UCGACCAAAAGUUCCUCCCACAGCCGCAGUUGUCGAGCGCACCUCGACCACGUCGCUACUGCCGCUGCCGGGAGCUGCGCGGUUUUAUCGACUUUUUUUUUUUUUUUUUUUGCUUUCCUGCAGCUUACACACUGCCUUUAUCGUAUACCUACCUACUUACUAGUCUCUUGCACGGCGUAUAACAGUUGUUUUGUUUUAUUAUUACAACAAUGGGAAAAGACAAAGUUCAACCCCCGCGUGCAUGAGUGUGUGUGCGUGCGUGUGUUCUCGUUGCAGAUUAUAUUCAAACAAACGGCACAACGUUACUUACCCUUUUUAUUGCCGCUGUCUGUCCUAGCAACGACGAGAUCAUCAUAGAUAUCCAACUGUUUGGUUCAACGAGCACAUCAGUGUUGAGAAUGACAAUUGCGGUAUACAGAUUUAACAGCAUCCAACGGCGCCACUGUAGCUAGCAGAAGAGAAACUGCUCCGAAAAGGAGAUCUCUCUCUCUCUCUCUUUCUCUCUCUCAUCGUCGAUCGGCUCUCAGCUGAUGGAUGUACAUACUGUGGACGCUUGUUUUUAUUUUUGGUGAUUAUAUGCUCGGCUGAUGUGCUGCUGGACCGCGCUAGAGGCAGGCGUCGGCGACGUUUGCCUUCCGAAAAAAAGGGGACUCGUUUAAGGUAUAUUGGAAAACCGUAUCCUGCGUUCCGGGAGGGACCAAGUUUGUUUUUCAUGUUCUCUCUUUGACGGAGAAGGAUCGUGCGGGGAGGAUUUUUUACACGAUUCAGGCUAGUAGAAAAAGAAAAAAGAAAAAAAAAAAAACAUCAUUGUGCCAGUAGUAGCAGUACAGUAACAAAAAGAGGAGGAAAAAUGCCGCAUCUCACGGAAUCGACUCUUUGCCAGGCGAUCAACAAGGACACCGACACGAUGCUCAAGGAGCUGUUCUUGUUCGCCACCCAACUAGCGUGUCUCUACAAGCAGGGAGUAUCUGUUCCUAUGAGCACCUCUUGCUCGAUACACUGUGAUGGAAAGGACACUGUCAAGGCUGGCUCAAAGAGGAUGGCGUACGAGGUGUUCCUGGGAGGAUCGUGCAACCCCACCACCUGGAGGACCGACAUCGCCAUCCCUACGCUUCAGAGCCUCGGCAUCACCUACUACAAUCCCCAAGUAUCGCACUGGAGCCCGGAGCUCAUCGCCCAGGAGUACGAGGCGAAGGAGACGGCGCGCGUUUUGCUGUUCGUCAUCGACGACCGAACGCGCAACUGUGCCGGCAUCAUCGAAGCCGCGGAGUUGGCCGGCACGAGGAGGGACUCCCUCAUCGUCGUCGUGCACCCGUACAGGCAGGGCCAAACCAUCUUCGGCGAGGUCGUCUCCAAUCAGGAGUACUGUGAACUGAUGAACGGGCUCCUGGUGCUGCAGUGUCUUAUGGAUCGGCAGAGGAUACCGAUUUUCGAGAGCAUAUCAGCCGCCCUCAAUUGUACGUCCAAGAUUCUACGCAACGCAGUCAACGUUCAAGAUUUGCAUGGCGAGGACGGAAUCAGGCCACCAAGAAUCUCAUUCGGUCAACACGGAACUGAUGUCACCAAGCUUAGGGAAGCCUUUAAAGCUUUGGACACUAAUUUAACGGGCACGAUAAGCUUGGCUGAGGCUUUGAUGGUACUGCAAAGCAACGGGAAGAACAACUUGACGGUUUCCGAGCUGCGCAACGUAGUUAACGAAGCUGAUGUUCAGGAUAAAACGAUGAUGGAUAAAUUGUCGAGCAACGGCGAGGCAAAGGAACAGCGCAUAAAUUUCGAGCAGUUUUGUGCGAUCGCUAGCGAGUGGUCGUGGCGUUUCAAGAGCAACGGAGUCAACUGCGAAAACUGGACCAAUACAAUAAUAGCGGAUUCCGAGAAAAAGGAUCUCUACAUCGGCGUCGUUGGUAAGGAUUUGGUAUGGCUAGAAUCAUCGGCAGUGCCAUUAGUCGAGUCCAUGAACUUAACUCUGUAUCGUCCAAGUACAAACGAGUACAUUGCUCGAGUAUUACCUUUGGAGUUGCAGCGCAUGAAGAACUCGAGAUUGAUAAUGCUGGUGGUGCCACAACACACGCGAGGCAUGGCUAUAAUGGCACUUGCCGCACACUUGAUCGGAUUGCGCGCUAAACUCGUUCUUUGUGUUCAAGCUCUUCCCGAGGGCUGUACCGUGUCUGGCGAGAAGUUGACGGAACAAGCAAUUAAAGACUACAAUAGGGGUAGAAUGUACUUGUCGGACAUGGCGACGCGUGAAGGUGUACCUGUUUUUGAUAACGUCAGCGAGGCGCUGCAGCGAGCGAUACACAUCGUCCGAAGUCCCUGCUGAUUCGAGGAAGAGCGGAGGGGACAUCUCUGAGCUGUUUUUAUUUUUAUUUUUUUCUAACCAAUCAAUCGUGCAACCCUCACGUGCACCUAAAAACGAAAGCGUAAGCGAAAAACCAUAAAAGUAUACAAUAUCUGGCGCUGCGGAAUAAUUCUAUACAUAUAGGUACCAAGGAAAAACACUAAUUUAUUUUUAUGCGAACCACACCCUUUUUUCCAAUCCUACGAUCAUCCAAUCUUGAUGACUACGUCAAUCUCUCUCUCUAAAAACGUUAUUUUAAGUAGCGCGUUAGGAUGUAAUGAGAUAGUAUAUAACUUGCGCGUAUACAGAUCCCUUGUUGAAAUUCAACGUUACGCAUAGACGGUUUUUAAUCGAGACUUGGUGAAAAUACAAUUUAAGCUGUAACAUUUUUAAUUUUUUCGUGGAUUCAUCGAUUACACUUCUUGUACAUAUAGCUGUAUUAUCAAUUAAUGCUAAAAUGAUUAAAUGGAUUCAUUAUUUCAUUUUUGAUCUGAGAAGGAGCGAAAGUGAGCUUGUAAAAAGGUACGUUAUCUCUGUUGCGGUGAAGAGACAAACGAAAAUAUACCCGGUGACAAAUAUUACUUUCGUUGUAUGAAAAAAAAAAAAAAAAAAAUGUAAUCUCAAAAUAAUAUAUUAUAUACUUUACCGUGAAUAUUGUGUUGUUAAAAUAACGUCGUCGAUGUCAUGUGUACUAUAUUCGUGCGAUUCUUAGGACGUAUUUCUUUUUCAGUAUCCGUUCUAACAUGCUUACAAUAAUAUUUCUCAGACUUGAUUUCCGUUUCUAAAAUGUGAAUUCACGGUACACAUAUUUUCUUUUUCGGUUUACUUUUUUACUGUUUUACAAGUUCAUUGAUGUGUUAAGUGUCUUGUAAAACAACAAAAUAAAUCUUGUAAACAUCAGCAUUUAAUGUAUUGUGUAAAAAGUAAACCGUUUUCAAUUAUUGUUCAAACAAGGCUUCACACUGAACUUAAUAACUAAUUAGGUACUUUUUUUUACCUUUGAUUAUAAUUUGUAAGCGACGAUAAUUGUGAAACAAGCUUUUUAUAUUUUAUUUGUAUCAAAUAAUAAAAAAAAUAUAAAAAAGAUAGAUAAUCA